UCACCUGACAUCAGAGACGGACCCUAUGGAGGAAGCAGGAAGUCGCCGCUCCGACAACAGGGAGAGAACGAGCACGUAAACAGCGACACGACAAGAACAGAAAACAGAAACAGGGAAGAAACAAAAGAACCGUGUCACACAUCCAAUGGCCGGAAUCAAAGCGCUGGUCGGGUUGUCCUUCAGUGGUGCGAUCGGACUGACGUUUCUGCUGCUGGGCUGUGCACUGGAGCAGUACGGGGUAUACUGGCCGCUUUUUGUACUGAUCUUCUACAUAUUGAGCCCCAUCCCGACCUUCAUAUCCAGACGCCUCAGCGACGACACCGACUCCUCCAGCAACGCAUGCAGAGAACUGGCCUACUUCUUAACAACUGGCAUCGUUGUUUCAUCUUUCGGGCUCCCUAUUGUCCUGGCCCGCAUUAAUACAAUCCAGUGGGGGGCCUGCGGUCUUGUGAUGACAGGGAACGCUGUCAUCUUCCUCACCAUCCUUGGCUUUUUUGUUGUGUUUGGUGGCGGGGAUGACUUCAGCUGGGAGCAGUGGUAGAGUGCCUUUGGACAGUGGACGCACAGAGGGAUGGAUGGGUGGAUAGUAGAAUGGAUUAACUGCCGACUAAGGGUCGUAUGUGUCCUGUGCUCAAUGGUGAUCAGGCUGCAAAAUGUCAAAUUUACUAUUAAUGUGCCUUAUGUCUGGAACCAGGGAAAGACCAACGCCUAUACCCUGUUUAUGCUUUAACACCACCACUAUCCACUGUAACCUUUGUAUUUUAGCUCGUCUCGCCUUUGUUUCAACCCCCAAAUCACCGCGCUCAUUGCUGCCCCCUGCUGUUUUAUUUUGCUUCAGUUAAUCAAUAUCACUAAUAACUCAGUUUUUUAAGGACACCACAAAGCUCACUUUAUUAUCUGUUCUCGCUGUUCAAGGGGGGUAUACUGAACUAUGGCUUUGCUUGUUAUAAGCUCUGUAUGCAGUUCUAAGUCUAAAGGCAGGGCAAGUUAUCUUAAUCAAUGGUAUCUGACAACUAGUUGUAGGACUCGUAGAAUAUAUAUAUACAUAUAUAUUUGUAUUGAAAUGUGCAUUUUUGAAGCCUUACUUUUUUGUUUUGGUGCAACUGUUUACAUGCUCACCAAAGAUUGUUUUUAGACCGCAAAAAUGAAGCACAGUCACCUCUGGUUUUGAUCUGUACUAUGCAUCAGCACGAUCCUCUGAAACUAGCAGAGGGGUUUGAGGAAGCACUGUUUAGUGAGUGUCACGCAUCUAAGCAUUUAUGCCCAGCGAUUGUGUGAACCCUACAUUUGCUUGAUAUUCCCACAGAUUACAAAGAACGUCAUAACAAUGACAACAGAUCAUGUUAUCGGUUUGUGAAAUAUAUAUUUUUACAUGUUGAAUGGUUAAUGCUGUACAUGUAUGUUUUUGUUUUUUUAAUUUAGACCGAGUGUACUUCAUCCUAAUGGAGAGGGCUUAACCUGCAAACUCCGUCGUAAGUGCCUGUGCAAAUUGUUAAGUAGCAAAACUGUCACUGUUUGAGUUGUGACCGGUUGUUCUGUGGUUCAUUAUCAAGGGCCAUUGAAAUCUGUAAGUGUAAGUCAAUGCCACAUCCUAAGGUUCUGUCAUUGUCAGUAGCAAGUAUUACGAGGCUCUGCUUGUAAAGUUGGCCCCCCUCUUCAGAGACUUUCAAAGAUAGUUUUUAUUUUGAAUAAUUAUGUUCUAGUGUCCUGUAUAAUUUCCCCAAUAUCUCACAACUGACAUGUUAAAUUGGAAGGAAGCUCUUUCUCUUGUGCCUCCCACACCCUGACUUUUAAAACACUAACUAUUGCCGAAGAGUUCUCGAAAUUUUAUAAGAUCCUGCAUUUUGUUAUCUAACAUUGAUUAAAGCUCUCUGUAUAGUAAAACCAA